UUUCAAGCAACACCAUUUUUCGACAUAAUUUUUUUCAAAGAAAAUAAUGCUUUUUCAAAUAUUCAAAAAAGUUUUUUUUUGUAUUUAAAAACUUCAUCUUUAAAAUGAGACUUGUUCAUCAUAAUUAAUCAAAAAUUACGCCUGUACUCAUUGUUGACAAACCAUUAUAAAACCCAGAGUGAUGAAACAGUUUUAAAGUUAUAAAAUAUAUCUAGAAAUAAAAUGCCUCUUAUUGUAAUAACUGGUAUUCCGUGUAGUGGUAAAACUACAAGAACAUUACAACUAAAGGAAUACUUCGAAAAGGAAGUGAAAAAACGUGUAGAUAUUAUUACUGAAAUUGACGUCAUAUCUAAAACAGGUUAUGAUAGAAACUCAUUUUAUUCUGAUUCCAAAAAGGAAAAAUGUAUAAGGAGCGAUAUAAAAUCUAUGGCACAAAGAAUAUUAAAUCCAAAUGAUGUAUUAAUAAUAGAUGGUAGCAAUUAUAUUAAAGGGUAUCGCUAUGAAAUAUACUGUAUGUCAAAAUUAUAUAAAACACCACAGUGCACUAUACAUUGUGACAUACCUAUUGAACAUGCUUGGUUAUGGAAUGAAAAAAGACCAGUAUCUGAACAAUACAGCAGAGAAAUAUUUGAUGCACUUGUAAUGAGGUAUGAAACACCAGAUAGUAAAAAUCGUUGGGAUGCUCCAUUAUUUGCAGUGAUGCCAGAAGAUGAUUUAAAAUUUGAUGAUAUUUAUAAGUCCCUCUAUGAAGUUAAAGCACCUAAACCAAAUCAAAGCACACAAUGUCCACCUUUAUCAUCUACAAAUUACUUGUAUGAACUGGAUAGAAUAACACAAGACAUCACUAAUGCAAUAUUAUCAGCAAAACAAAUAGGAAUUGAAAAUGAUAUAAAAAUUCCUCAAUAUGGCUUAACAGUACAAAAAACAGGUAAUACACCUCAAAUGAUGAGACUGCGAAGACAAUUUUUAACAUAUAGCAAAAUGCAUCAAAUUAAUAUUAAUCAAAUAGGUCUAUUAUUUGUACAGUAUCUUAAUAAAAGCUUAUAAAUUAAAAAUUGUUAAUAUAAUUUUCUCUUCUUAAAGCACUUCUAUUUGAUUAGACAUAAAUGUAUCUAAGAAGAAUGAUAUAUGGUAAUUUCUGUUGUACAAAAUGGUAAUUUCUGCUAUAUAAAAGAUUGAUACAUAUUAACAAAUAAUCAUAUAGAAUAGACUUUAAUAUACGAUUAUAUUAAUUACAUCAUUAAAUCUAAACUAACUUACAUCUAAAUUGACCUAUAUGUAUUCCAUAUAACAUUAUUAUUGCUGAUUUUUUAAGAUCCUAAGAAUAACAAAAUAAAAAUCGAAUCGAUUUAUAAUCUCCAAUUAUUUUUGGGUAAUUCUUCAAUUAUGUGCAAAAUAUGUCAAACUAUGAGAAAAGCAUGCUAUAAGGAGGAACAAUGGAAGAAAUUUUAUAAUUAUCUUAAUAACAAUAAAUAUAGAUUUGUAAUU